AUGCCAAACACACGCCUGAUGCCAAACACACGCCUGAUGCCAAACACAGGCCAGAUGCUAAACACACGCCUGAUGCCAAACACACGCCUGAUGCCAAACACACGCCUGAUGCCAAACACACGCCUGAUGCCAAACACACGCCUGAUGCCAAACACACGCCUGAUGCCAAACACACGCCUGAUGCUAAACACACGCCUGAUGCCAAACACACGCCUGAUGCCAAACACACGCCUGAUGCUAAACACACGCCUGAUGCCAAACACACGCCUGAUGCCAAACACACGCCUGAUGCCAAACACACGCCUGAUGCCAAAACACACGCCUGCUGCUAAACACACGCCUGAUGCCAAACACACGCCUGAUGCCAAACACACGCCUGAUGCCAAACACACGCCUGAUGCUAAACACACGCCUGAUGCCAAACACACGCCUGAUGCCAAACACACGCCUGAUGCCAAACACACGCCUGAUGCCAAACACACGCCUGAUGCCAAACACACGCCUGAUGCCAAACACACGCCUGAUGCCAAACACACGCCUGAUGCCAAACACACGCCUGAUGCUAAACACACGCCUGAUGCCAAACACACGCCUGAUGCCAAACACACGCCUGAUGCUAAACACACGCCUGAUGCCAAACACACGCCUGAUGCUAAACACACGCCAGAUGCCAAACACACGCCUGAUGCCAAACACACGCCUGAUGCCAAACACACGCCUGAUGCCAAACACACGCCUGAUGCCAAACACACGCCUGAUGCCAAACACACGCCUGAUGCCAAACACACGCCUGAUGCCAAACACACGCCUGAUGCCAAACACACGCCUGAUGCCAAACACAAGCCUGAUGCCAAACACACGCCUGAUGCUAAACACACGCCUGAUGCCAAACACACGCCUGAUGCCAAACACACGCCUGAUGCUAAACACACGCCUGAUGCCAAACACACGCCUGAUGCUAAACACACGCCUGAUGCCAAACACACGCCUGAUGCCAAACACACGCCUGAUGCUAAACACACGCCUGAUGCCAAAGACACGCCUUAUGCCAAACACACGCCUGAUGCUAAACACACGCCUGAUGCUAAACACACGCCUGAUGCCAAACACACGCCUGAUGCCAAACACACGCCUGAUGCCAAACACACGCUUGAUGCCAAACACACACGCCUGAUGCCAAACACACGCCUGAUGCUAAAACACACGCCUGAUGCCAAACACACGCCUGAUGCCAAACACACGCCUGAUGCCAAAGACACGCCUGAUGCUAAACACACGCCUGAUGCCAAACACACGCCUGAUGCCAAACACACGCCUGAUGCCAAACACACGCCUGAUGCCAAACACACGCCUGAUGCCAAACACAAGCCUGAUGCCAAACACACGCCUGAUGCCAAACACACGCCUGAUGCCAAACACACGCCUGAUGCCAAACACACGCCUGAUGCUAAACACACGCCUGAUGCCAAACACACGCCUGAUGCCAAACACACGCCUGAUGCCAAACACACGCCUGAUGCCAAACACACGCCUGAUGCCAAACACAUGCCUGAUGCCAAACACACGCCUGAUGCUAAACACACGCCUGAUGCCAAACACACGCCUGAUGCCAAACACACGCCUGAUGCCAAACACACGCCUGAUGCCAAACACACGCCUGAUGCCAAACACACGCCUGAUGCCAAACACACGCCUGAUGCCAAGCACACGCCUGAUGCCAAACACACGCCUGAUGCCAAGCACACGCCUGAUGCUAAACACACGCCUGAUGCUAAACACACGCCUGAUGCAAAUUCUACUGCUUCUUUAUUCUAUGACAUUUUGCACCAGAAGUGA